CAUAUUUUGGGUUCAGUCGUGAGCGAGUCGAGCAGCAGCGAGGAAUGGCGGACUACGGCGAGAGCGAGGGGGACACCAAUCGGUUCUUCGUCGCCGUCCAUGUAGGCGCUGGCUUCCACUCUCCUACCAACGAAAAGGCCUACAGGAGAGUGAUGAAGCGCGCCUGCCUCGCCGCCGCCGUGGUUCUUCGCACGGGUAAAGGUGGAUGCUUAGAUGCUGUUUCAGCUGCCAUCCAAGUGUUGGAGGAUGAUCCAACCACGAAUGCAGGCCGAGGUUCAAACUUGACAGAACAUGGUCAUGUAGAAUGUGAUGCAAGUAUCAUGGAUGGGUGUUCUGGAGCUUUUGGAGCAGUUGGAGCUGUAAGAGGUGUACGAAAUGCCAUUGAAAUUGCUAGAAAUUUGGCUAAAGAACAGACAACUGGAUCAUCCUUGCUUGGUCGAAUUCCUCCAAUGUUCUUGGCCGGUGAAGGCGCACGAGAAUGGGGCAAGUUAAAGGGCAUAACUAUGCCUGUUAGUAUUUCAGAAGCAGAGCUUUGGCUGGUGACUGAAAAAGCAAAAUCACAAUGGAUUAAGUACAAAUCAAUGCUUGCUGAUGCUGAGAAAAAGAUUGAAUGUCCUGAUGAAAUGCCCACAGUUGCUUGUGGUAGCGCAGCUUUGCUAGAAGAUGAAAAGGAAGAUUUUAUUGCGGAUACAGUAGGGGCUGUCUGCAUUGACACCAAUGGAAAUAUAGCAUCAGGAGCAUCAAGUGGUGGCAUUGCAUUGAAGGUAGAUGGGCGUGUUGGAUUAGCUGCAAUGUAUGGUUCAGGAUGCUGGGCUGCAAUGAGGGAUCCUUUUGGUGGUACUUGUGUGGUUGGUUGCUGUGCAACUGGUGUUGGAGAGUGUUUGAUUAAAGGAUUUGCAGCGCGCGAAUGUUGUGUCUCAUCAUCAUUAUCACAGUCAGGUCCUGCCUCUGCUUGCUUAAAAAUCCUUCGUGCUGUUACCCAGAAUAGCUGUGAAAAGUAUUAUGAUACAGGCUCUGGUUUGCUACUAGUCCAGGCAGAUACUGUGAAGACUCAAGAAAAUGUAUCUUUGUUGGAAGCAAUUGAGCUUGUGGCUGCCUAUUCGUCGUCCUCCUUUGGGGUCGGCUAUUUCGGAAGCUCAAUGGAUCAUCCAAAGGUUUCCAUACUGAGAGCUGCAAGCCCUUCUGCCAACAGCAAAGUCAACCAUUUCGCAACACGAAUUAAUUUCGAUGCCUUUUAAUCCCGAUAUGUAAGAGUAUUGGUAUAUUGUAUUGUCAUUUGACUGAAUUUCAAUGCAAUCAGCAUUUAAAAAGAAUUCUUCAAAGAUUAGGAAAUUCGUGGGUUUAUUGUUUUUAUAUUCAGAACCAACGUGUUACCAUCACGGCAUGGACAAUGGUGCUCUUCUGUUCGACUUAAUGAUAAUGAAUGCAUUUUUUGUUCUCUCGGAUUAUUUGUUA